AUGGGUAGAAAAUAAGUGUUUUACAUUUUGGAAUUAAAAAUGAAAUUAUUCUAUGCAUUAUUCCGAAGAAGAAAUAUGCCUAAUGGGAAUAUUCAUACAGGAAAGCACCGGAUAUAUAAAGAACCUACAAUAAGAGAUGUAAUCAAAUUGAAAAAUCAAUUUGAAAUUGAAGAAAAGAACAUGUUCCUUUUAAGGCACUCCUAUUUGACUCCAGAGCAGUCACGAGGUCAUGCUAGAGCCUUAGGCAAAAAUGAAGCUAACUUCAUUAAGACAAAAACAAAGCAGAGACCUUUUUAUGACAAUGUCACCAUUGAAUCCCGUUUAUCACAUUUGAGGGUUAACGAAGGAUGGGAUUAG